GUGAUAACUCUGUGCGAGCAGACGUGCACGCUCUAAUCGGGUGACGCCGCGCGUUUCGAUCGCCUUAAUCGAAGUUAACGCGAUUAAAAAACGCUCCGGUCUGUGCUUUUGUGUGUAACUAAGUGGAUUCAGUGCAAAUCGAUCAUAGAUGGUGUGUGUGUGAAACUAGUUUUUCUUACUGUGCAAUAAAUCUGGAUUUUUUUCUUCUGCGACGGUUUUUGUGAUGGCGUAGCGUAAUGGAGGGAGAGUGCUCGGAGGGCGCGGAGGGCUGGCUGUUAGUGCGCGUGCACGUGCCCGAGCUCAAUGUGCAGAAGAGCCUGCAGUUCCCGCGGGAUCAGCUCGUGUGGGACGUCAAGCAGCAGUGUCUGGCAGCUCUGCCUAAGGAGUUAAAGGAGAGCUUCAACUAUGGUCUCUUCUGCCCUCCGGUUAACGGCAAGGCCGGCAAAUUCUUGGACGAAGAACGCCGGCUUGGCGACUACCCCUUCAACGGACCCGUUGGCUACCUUGAGCUGAAAUACAAGCGGCGAGUCUACAAGAUGCUGAAGCUUGAUGAGAAGACGCUGAAGGCGCUGCACUCACGCGCCAACCUACGGCGCUUCCUCGAGCACGUGACGCACGCGCAGGUCGACAAGAUCACCAAGGCCUGCGCCAAGGGGCUCGACCCCAACUUCCACUGCCAAGAGACGGGCGAUACACCUUUAACAAUAGCAGCUGGCCUAAAGUCACCGGGGAAGGUUUUGAUAGCAUUAGUAAAUGGAGGGGCUCUUCUAGACUACCGGACGAAGGAUGGGAGCACAGCCAUGCACAGAGCAGUCGAGAAGAACUCUCUGGAAGCGGUCAAAACUUUGUUGGAGUUAGGGGCAUCUCCAAACUACAAGGAUGGGAAGGCACUGACCCCUCUGUAUCUAUCCGUGACCAAUAAGACCGACCCACUGCUGUGCGAGACCCUGCUGCAUGACCACGCGACCAUUGGCGCCACCGAUCUACAGGGCUGGCAAGAAGUUCACCAGGCAUGCCGCAACGGGCUCGUCCAACACCUAGACCACCUACUAUUCUACGGCGCGGACAUGAACGGUCGCAACGCGUCGGGCAACACGCCAUUACACGUGUGCGCGGUGAAUGCGCAGGACUCGUGCGCGCGGCAACUCCUGUUCAGAGGGUGCGAUAAGGAGGCGCUGAACUUCGCCAACCAGACGCCGUAUCAGGUGGCAGUUAUAGCAGGAAAUUUAGAACUAGCAGAAGUAAUAAAGAACUACAAAACUGACGAAGUUGUGCCGUUCCGGGGCCCGCCGCGGUACAACCCCAAGCGGCGGUCGGGCGCGUGGGGCUGGUGGGCCGGCGACCGCUCCUCGCUGGCGUCGUCCACCCGGAUACCAGAGUUGGACGCCAUGCUGCGAGCCGCUGCCUCACCCUGCAGUCUGGAGCGGCCGUUUUCGUCAGCUUCGUCCAGCAUCAGCGACGCGAGUCAUCCAAGCCAUGAAGACGAUGCGAGCAUUGUGACAGAUAAAAGCGCGGGCGACACUAGCGACAUCAUCUCGGACUCGAGCGGCGUGGGCACGUCCAACUCCGACACCACCACGUGCUCGCUGCAGGCCGCCGCCACCACUGUGGUGUGUCUGCAGCCUUACGAGCCCUCGCAGCCCGGGCAUAUUCGGCUGAACCAGGGCGAUAUUAUUGAAGUGUCCAGCGCGACGGAUGACGGCUACCUGGAGGGCACGGUGCGCGGCUCCGGCGCCUCCGGACUCUUUCCAGCACACUGCGUGCAGGAGGUCCGCCUGAGGCAGAACACGCACCUGCACCAGGUGUUAUCAUCAGGUCCAAUCCACCACUCCCGCGUAACAGGGAGACGGGAAAUGGCCCUCAGCAAAACGUACAGCGCCACCGCGCCUAGGAUAAAAAAGUCAUAUGGCAACAUGGAGACAAGGACAGUGGUGCUCCACCGCGCGAAGAGAGGCUUCGGAUUCAUUCUGCGGGGGGCGAAGGCGUCAUCCCCUCUUAUGGAGCUGCGCCCCUCAGAACGCUGCCCUGGCCUUCAGUAUUUGGAUGACGUGGACGCUGGGGGCGUGGCUGAUAGAGCGGGGUUGAGGAAAGGAGACUUCUUAAUAGCUAUAAAUGGGGAAGACGUAUCGGCUGCAUCUCACGAGCAUGUCGUAGAACUGAUCCGCAGUUCAGGCGCGCUCGUGUCCAUGACUGUCGUCUCGCUCGCCGCAGGGACGGAGGGCGGCGCGUGCGCGGCGGGUGGCGCGCAGGCUCAGUUGUCCAGCUCGGGCCGCCCCUACGCGGCUACUUUGCCUAGAAAAGCUGCCGGCGGGAGGAGCCCUGCGCCCGCGCCGCCGAGACGCGAUCCGCGCACCACGCUGAGCGUCGGCAGAGCGAGGGCGAAGUCUAUGGUCGCUGGACUAGAAAAUGGCGGCGAAAAAGAGGAAAGUUGCGAACCUUUAAGCGUGGCUGGCAAAUCGUCAUCAGCUGAAUCGGUUCAGCUGCAUGGUGGUAGUAGUAAUAGUGGGACUCCAAUGUCGGGCACGCCCGUGGCCCCCAGAACGGCAUCGAUACGGCAAAGGCCCGCGUCAGGCCGCAUCACCGCCGCCGAGUUAGAAGAGCUCUUCCAAAGACAAGCUGAUGCUGCUCCUGACCUCGGCGGCAACAACGCAAUGAUGACGCGGUCAGCAUUCCAGGGCGGGUCCAAUUCACCGCCGUACUCGCCUGCUCGGGGCAACGGGUCCGGACGGGUGUACGCCUCCGUGGCUGAGAUGAAGCGCUCGAGAGGCAAGGCGUGGGGCAAGGCGAACAGUACAGCGGGAGCGGGCGCGGGCGCGGGCGGCACGCUGCGGCGCGACUUCCACUCCACGCCCGACCUGGCCGCGGCGCACGCGCACCACCCGCCGCGCACGCGCUCCAGCGAGGACGUGCACGGUAGGUCCCACGCGUGGGCAAGCGGACGCACAGCGGGCGCGGGCGGCACGCUGCGGCGCGACUUCCACUCCACGCCCGACCUGGCCGCGGCGCACGCGCACCACCCGCCGCGCACGCGCUCCAGCGAGGACGUGCACGGUAGGUCCCACGCGUGGGCAAGCGGACGCACAGCGGGCGCGGGCGGCACGCUGCGGCGCGACUUCCACUCCACGCCCGACCUGGCCGCGGCGCACGCGCACCACCCGCCGCGCACGCGCUCCAGCGAGGACGUGCACGGUAGGUCCCACGCGUGGGCAAGCGGACGCACAGCGGGCGCGGGCGGCACGCUGCGGCGCGACUUCCACUCCACGCCCGACCUGGCCGCGGCGCACGCGCACCACCCGCCGCGCACGCGCUCCAGCGAGGACGUGCACGGUAGGUCCCACGCGUGGGCAAGCGGACGCACAGCGGGCGCGGGCGGCACGCUGCGGCGCGACUUCCACUCCACGCCCGACCAAGGCGGCCCAGCGCGAGUGCCGCCGCCGGCGCACCCGCCGCCGCCGCCGCCGGGCGCGCGCGCGUCCACGUUCCGGCCGGCGGAUGCCGCCAAGCUGUACGCCGCGCCGCCGCACCGCCCGCCGCCCGCGCUGGCCUACCGCGCGCCCGGGCGGAGCGAUAGCGAGUGCCGCCGCUCCACGUUCCGGCCGGCGGAUGCCGCCAAGCUGUACGCCGCGCCGCCGCACCGCCCGCCGCCCGCGCUGGCGUACCGCGCGCCGGGGCGGAGCGAUAGCGAGGGAGCCGGUUGCGGCAGUAGGUCCCGCUCCUCUGUAGGCCUGGCGGACGCCGCCAAGCUGUACGCCGCGCCGCCGCACCGCCCGCCGCCCGCGCUGGCGUACCGCGCGCCCGGGCGGAGCGAUAGCGAGGUUUUAGUGGGUAGGUCCCGCUCCUCUGUAGGCCCGGCGGAUGCCGCCAAGCUGUACGCCGCGCCGCCGCACCGCCCGCCGCCCGCGCUGGCGUACCGCGCGCCCGGGCGGAGCGAUAGCGAGGUGAGGUCGGACGCCGCCAAGCUGUACGCCGCGCCGCCGCACCGCCCGCCGCCCGCGCUGGCUUAUCGCGCGCCGGGACGCAGUGAUAGCGAGAUGAGGUGUUGCGUUUUUCUUAGGCCCAGCGCGAGUCUCAAAGGCAGCAAGCUCACAGGGGGCAUCCUCCAGGGGGAGGGGACCCUCAGCGAAGUCAGUCCUAGAGCGCGCGCUUUGAAGGGAGCCGGAUGCGGCAGAUGCGUGAGACCAAGCGCGAAUGCCGCCACCGGCACACCCGCCGCCAAGCUGUACGCCGCGCCGCCGCACCGCCCGCCGCCCGCGCUGGCGUACCGCGCGCCCGGCCGCAGCGAUAGCGAGGUCCCGCUCCUCUGUGUGAUUAAAGCCUCCACGUUCCGGCCGGCCGACGCCGCUAAGCUGUACGCCGCGCCGCCGCACCGCCCGCCGCCCGCGCUGGCGUACCGCGCGCCCGGGCGGAGCGAUAGCGAGGUGCGGUUGGGCGCGCUCCGCUCGUGGGCGGGCCCGGCGCGCGCGGCGUCGGCCGACGAGCCCGCGCACUACGCCCAGCCCUUCAACGCGCACGCGCCGCUGCUCAGACAGAACUCGACGCCAGCGCCUCCUAUCCCAGAGCCGGACUACAGCAUGUCGGAGUCGGACGAAGAAGAGCCGAAGCCCAAAAGCGAGCCGCCACCGCCCGCGGAAACCAGCGCCAACAGCAACGCCAGCGGAAGCAGUUCGGGCUCCAGCUCGAUGCAGCACUCGUUCUCCGUCGACGAGAUCCAGAAGAUCCGCACGCGGCUGAAGUCGUCGCGCUCCUGCGGCGACGAGCUCGGCGCCGAGCGCGACGACGCCGACAACUCGUCGUCCGGCGUGUCGUCCGACCAGGAGGCGCACGCGCGGCCCGCCGGCGCCGCGCCGCGCCGCGACAAGGUCUCCUUCUGCGCCUCCGUCACCGUCAAGUCGUGCAACGACGUCAUCAGCACCGAGCCCGUGCACUCGUCCAGCGAGAGCCUGGCGCCGCCGCCGCCGCCGAUGCAGCGGCACAACUCGCUGACGCGCAAGCGCGCGGCCGCGGCGCUGGUGAGAGGCGCCGGCGCCGGCCGCGGUCGCUCGGCGGCGGAGCGGCUGGGCGUGGACGUGGACAAGGCGCCGGGGCGCGGGCGGCGCGGCGCCGGGCUGCUGGCCGCGCUGCCGCCGCCGCCGGAGGAGCCGGGCCCGCCGGAGCCGCAGCCGGCGCCGCUGCUGGCGCCGCCGCCGCAGUUCAGCGACCGCGUGCGCGUGGUGGCCGCGCUGCCCAAGCAGCUCGCGCGCCUGCAGUAG